UGUGUGUCUCUGGAUAUGUCAAGACCAGCUCUGUUCAUCAUUUUUCUGGUCCUCCAACUAGUCCAUUUAGGAAGCAGCCGGAUUGUUAGAGACUCCGGUCUUAUAUCCGAUGGAAUAAACGACGAAACAAGCCAAUCUUCGAUCGUCGAAGCACUGAAUCUUAAAGCAGAUUCUGUGACUUGUGAACCAAUUUAUGGCUUCUUGCCUUGUGCAACUUCAGUUUGGGGGCUUCUUUUUCUGAUAAUCGUCUACGAGGUCUUGCUCUCCCUCGCAGAUCAUUACAUUUCAAGAGGAUCUGAAAUCUUCUUUGAAUUGUUUGGGACUGGUAUCUUUGGUGCUAGUGCUUUCCACCUGCUUGGCUUGAUUCCACAAGUUGGAGUGGUUCUUGUAACUGGAAUUACAGCAACUACAGAAACUGCGGAGGAAAUGGCAAAAAUGAACAUGAGCAUGCUUGCAGGAUCAACAAUCAUGAUUCUUACCCUAAUAUGGGGUUCUGUUGUUGCCUUCGGUAGCUCCGACCUCUCGGAUUCUCAAACUUCAUCAAAUUCAGAAAACAAGAACCCCUUCAGUUUAACUGGUUUACUUCUUCUUCUCUGAUCUCCACAAACUAAUCAACACUCACUGAGAGAGAGAGGUCUAAAAUAUGAUAACUUAAUGUGUAAGUAAACAUGGUUGUGCAGGUUCUGGUGUAAGAACUGAUGUCGAAACCCGAGAUACUGCAAGAAUCAUGAUGCUCUCCUCGAUCCCAUAUCUCUUUCUUCAACUGGCAAAAAUCUUGACUUCAACCACAGCAGUUCGAGUUGUGAUCUUAAUUUCUCUACUGAUUGCAUCUGCAAUCCUUGCCACUUACAUCAUCUACCAGUUCUUUCAACCAUGGAUUCAGAGCAGAAGGCUUGAAUAUUUGAUGCUUAAAUACAUACGGAAGAUACUGCCGAGUCUUCUGACAGUAGACGGAAAUGCUAAUGAAUCCAGUAUAAAAGAGCUGUUCCAUAGAGUAGACAAGAAUCAUAACACAUACAUAUCAGCAGAUGAACUUAAAGCAUUGAUCCUAGGAAUACAAAUAGAAGAAAUAGGUCUGGAUGAUGAUGAUUAUGCAGAAGAAGUGAUGAAGCAAUUUGAUCUCUCUGGCGACGCUCAAAUAACUGAGACGGAGUUUGUGAAUGGAAUCUCUAAAUGGAUUAAUCCAGAUAAGACCCCUGCCAAGGUAUAAAUUCAGCCCCGGUAGGACUGUAAGUAUUUUUUUUUUUACACAAGCAAUAUUUUACUUUAACUAAUGUAAACAUCGGGAAGAGGGACUUGAAAUUACCUGCAUAAGGGAUGAGCACACCUGCUCUUACGCCCGCAUUUGCCUGAUAGGACUAUAUUUGAAUGCUUAGAAAAACAAGAGUUUCAUCCGGGUCAUUAAACUGCACUUGCAGAAUGAGACAUCUAUGGAAGAUCAGCAGAUACCGCUGAUCGUUAAGAAAAAGAAGACUAGGGGUGCUGAUACAUCAUGGAUGAAUCUCCUGAAGGCUGCUUUUCUAAUUAUUCUAGGAACUGCCAUAACAGUUUUUCUUUCAAUGCCCCUCAUGGUAAGUCUCCAAGAGUUUUCCACCGCUGCAAGCAUCCCUUCUUUCAUGGCCUCGUAUGUUGUGAUACCCUUGGCUACAAAUUACAGACUGGCACUAAUGUCUGUAUUGUCUGCCAAAGACAAGACGGAGAAUGCCAUCUCUUUAACACUUUCUGAGAUUUACAACGCGGCAUUCAUGAACAAUAUUGUGGGGUUGAUCAUAUUUUUGGCUCUUGUUUACAUACGCAAUUUAUCAUGGGAUGUCGCUGCUGAAGUUUUAGUUGUUUUAAUUAUUUCGAUAGCGGUUGGUCUUUCUGCAAGCUUCAGCAGAAAGUUCCCAUUUUGGACAAGCAUUCUAGCAUACAUUCUGUACCCCAUAUCACUGCUGCUGGUUUAUGUUCUUACCAUUGUUAUCGGAUGGUCUUAAGCUAGCAGUUUCAUGACUAAUCAAACUCAAACUUUACAUGUUCUUCUUA